GGGCACUCAUUUUGAUGUUUCUAUGGAUGGCAUCGAAAUGUAAGUACGUGCGAUAAGAGAUGCUGCAUUCUAUGUAUGCAUGGGUGGUAUUACUUAACAUAACCGGUCUAUUUUCACUGGCACCACUGCCGUACUGCUAUGUCACAAACGCAAACUUCCUCAAUCUCUUCAUCCUCCCGCAUAUAGGAAUGCAGGAAUAUUUUUUGUCACGAUGCAAAACGUAUUUCCGUGGUUCAUGUCCCUCCAAGCUGUACUCGCUAGACAGACUGGCAAGUAUGUCGGUUAAUGGUCAUGUUUUCCAUUUUCACUCUUAUGAGAGCUGCCGCACUUUUUCUGCUCGAAUGAAUCGUCAGUUCAUCCAAUGCUAGCAAGGACGGCGAGCGAUGAUGGGCAUAUAGGCACGUUCCAUCUCUUAUAUCUAUAUCAUCCAGAUGGCCGUGAAUCGUACAGCGUGUGAUUUUUAACAUCUCAGUGGAAUAAAAUCAAUAUUUUCACCCAGUCUACUUUUAGCGCAUCGUUCCGUAUUUAAG